AUGUUGGUUCAUGGUUUGCGACGAGCGGCAAGAACCGCUGUGAGAUCUAACUUUGUUGCUCGCACCUUAAGACAAACACAGAGGAGAACACUGCCAGUAUGUUCGCAAUUGUGUAAGUAAUAAAAUUAUUGUGUUUACGCAUUCCUUUUGUAGAUGGGAGUGUUGCACUGUGAAGCGGACGCCGGGAAGCCACGUUGAGGAUGUCUUUGAUUUCAAGUCACAUGCGAUGAAAUGUACCCUGUAUGAACCUCCAUUGUGAUUGCUUUGAAAGUCAUUUCUGUUAAAAUUUUAUUUUUGUUGUGAGUUAUUAUGGAAGAAUUCUGGUUUAUGGCCUCAUGAUCAUUUGUACUUAUAUUGAACUUUGCAUCCAGUAUUGCUGGAGCUUAGCAAGUAACUUACAUUUUUUCCUUCAUAUUUAUUCAUCCAGAUAACCGCCGCUAUGUUUCAACCGAUAAACCUGUGUCUGCCGCAGCUGCCGCUGCCUCUCCUAAAACAUCGACACCCGCAGCGUCAAAGCCUGGAGCUGUUGGAAAAAUUAUUGCUGUUAUUGGUGCCGUUGUAGAUGUUCAAUUUGAGGAGGGUCUCCCUCCCAUUUUGAACUCACUGGAGGUAGAAGGCCGUUCUCCGAGACUUAUCCUUGAAGUCGCUCAACAUUUAGGUAAUAAUGGAUAAUUUUCGUACUUUUUAAUUUGAGUUGAUAAAAUGUGACUUAAAUUUUGAUAUCAGAAGAUAUGUAAACGCACGUACCCCUCCCGUCACCAACAUUAGGGAACUUGAGCAACGACGAUGGCAACGAGAACGGGAAAGCAAUAAGUUUAGAUUGGUAAAACAACAGCUGUGCACAUGCAUCACGCUUUUUUGUACAUUUCUUUGCUGUCACUGCCUGACUUUCACAUGAAAGUGCCAAAUUUCAUGUUUUGUUGAAGAUGUGAACACAAGACGGCUUUCUUUUUCUUUUCCUGAACUUUGAUACUGUCUCUUAGAAUUUAACUCCAAAAAGGUUUGCCAUCAUUUGACGAGCUGAACGAGUUGGAAUAAGCAUAAUAAAGUUUGAAGUAGCGUGAAUUGACUUUUUAAGUGACGUUUUUGUAGCCAUUGCCGUCAUUUUUGCUUAAGCUCCCUAUUUUCAUUCCUUCACGCACGUUCUUUCUUCUACAUUUAUAUGACUAGAAUACCAUACAGUGCCAUGGUUUUAUGCAUGUUAACUUGGUUACAUCACUGGACCACUCACCUACAUGUAUAGUUUACAGUCCUGUGGUAAACUUUGUUUGAUCCUUAUUACAAUGUAGGUGAGAACACUGUACGAACCAUUGCUAUGGAUGGUACAGAAGGUCUCGUCAGAGGACAAGUGUGUAAAGAUACAGGAGGUCCUAUUACAAUUCCAGUUGGCCCAGAGACAUUAGGAAGAAUUAUUAAUGUAAUCGGAGAGACUAUUGAUGAAAGAGGCCCCAUUGGUACAGACAAGUAAGUGAUCACUGUAAAACAAAAUCAUUUGCAUUCCUGAGGAAAACUGUCUACCAUAACCCUGUGAGACAACAACAACUUUAUCUUUAACCAUUAUUUUGAACAAUAAAAUGUGCAAAUGUAGCUUAUUGAUUACAUAAGAUAUCGGUAUUCUUUCUGAAGUAACUAUAGAGACUGAGGGUAUGUCCCAGAUUGAACAUAGACGCAAACUUUACAGCAGUAACAAUUAAUUUUUUCAAGAAGGCUGUGAAAAAGUUCCAAAAUCUCCUGCAAAUCUUCCAAAAAAUUUUUGCAAUUGUAAUGUAAAUGAACAAUCCUUCACUGUACUUCUUUGAUAUAUUCUGUUCUCUGGAUGAUUAACUUUUGUAGACGAGCUGCAAUCCACGCUGAAGCACCAGAGUUUGUUGAAAUGAGCACAGAGCAGGAAAUUCUUGUUACAGGAAUUAAAGUUGUGGACCUUCUUGCUCCUUAUGCUAAGGGGGGAAAGAUUGGUAUGUUUCAGUGGCCUUUGGUGAGAAUAAUACUGUAGUGAAUAUGUCUGAAGGCAUGAAGAGUCAUCCCUUACUCUCUGUUUACACUCUUUGGAAUCUUUUAAUAUUUUAAUUGAACGGCUUUCAGUCAUUGCCAACAAUGCCUUGCGGAUGCAAUGUGCCUUUACUUCAUCGACACUUGUGUACUGAUUCAGGUUUGAUAUUGACGUUUGAAGUAGAUGACAUUUAUAGCAGACUAAUAUUAUCAUGAAAAAAAAAAUUGCCGCAAUUUUGCAGUGAUUUUGUUACCUCUGCAUCCUGUGUCCUUGAUGCAUAAAAAUCCCGAAGGAUACAAAUUAAAUCAUGGCAUGGGUCCCAUAGGAUGAUCAAUUGAUCUAUUGAUCUGAAGAUGUUUUUGUAGAAUAUCCUGUUCGUGCAAUUUCUGUGGCUGUUAUUUCAUCUUUUUUUGUGAUUUGAAAAGAAGGACUAUAUUGUUAUUUCAGGAAACUGUUAUAAAGAGAUUUCAAGUCUUUCUUCAGAUUAACUGCUUGGUUACAUAAAAGGCCCAAGCAUUUUCAAUUUAGGACUCGGUUGCUUUUUGAACUGGGGCUCAUUGGUUCUGCACUUGGACUCAUGAUUUUUCACAAGAUAAGUCCCAGGACUCACUAGAACUAUUUGUAACAAAAUCACUGUAACACACGAUCAAUGUUGGUAGUUUUGUAUGCAGACAUUGCUGCCUAACAGACAGAACUUCAAGAAUUCUUACCUGGCUAACCGAGAGAAAUUCUUGAAUUGUAUUGUGUUCGUCAACUGUUGACGUGACUGUGUGUUUAUAUACAAACUGUUUUUCUUUGUUUGUCAUCAAGGUCUCUUUGGAGGUGCUGGUGUUGGUAAGACUGUUCUUAUUAUGGAACUGAUCAACAAUGUAGCUAAAGCUCAUGGUGGUUACUCAGUGUUUGCUGGUGUUGGAGAAAGAACACGUGAAGGAAAUGACUUGUACCAUGAAAUGAUUGUAUCAGGUGUCAUCAGUUUGAAGGAUAAAAGUUCCAAGGUAACAGAUUGUUUUACAGGUAGCUAUUAUGACUGCUGAAGGAGGAUCAUGAGGUUAUCCCUAUUCUAAGAUCUCUCCUUACAGACAACCCACCCAGCCCAGGAAAGGUUAGCCACACCACUGUGGUGUACAUCCCCUACUCCUUUCAAACAGUGGUGUGGGUCUUUAACUUCCCACAAGAACCAGAUAAGUGAAAGUGCUGUGAGAUGGGACCAACAGUUUUUCGUCCUUAUCCAAGAAGACUAGAAUGCGUGACCAUUACUUAAAGACCCCGAAUGUUGAUCCGGCCGGGGUUUGAAACCGCCAACCUUCUGCUAAGCAGACCGGCACACUCCCAACUGAGCUAGCUAGGUGGCAGUGUUGUAAUUAUUGUAAUACAGAUCAUAGCAUCAUUUUAAUGUAAAUUAAUACUAUUUUUGAAUUGUUUGUUUGAGGUGGCCCUUGUGUAUGGUCAGAUGAAUGAACCCCCAGGUGCUCGUGCUCGUGUUGCUCUGACUGGUCUGACUGUUGCCGAGUACUUCCGUGAUGAAGAAGGACAGGAUGUGUUGCUUUUCAUUGAUAACAUCUUCCGUUUCACACAAGCUGGCUCUGAGGUGAGUGUAUAUUCAUUGACUUGUUUCUUCAAGUCAGUUUGGGGUCAAUUUUAAUGGAACUUUUUUAAGGUAUCAGCCACCCUUCAGGACAGUCCGCGCGCGGAUCGCUGUAGCGUUAGUUGUUUUUAUAAAAACCCCUAUAAACCAUAUAUUUUUUAAAAGCUUAAUAAUUCCAGAUUAUGGAUUUGAACUAACAAAAACGAUUUACUUAAAUGUGUUUCGAAAUUGGAACGCUUUGUGUAAAAGUACACGUCUCUAUAAAUCAUGUUCCACUCCCGCCGGAAAUACACGGAAGAAAACAAUUAACACCGCAUUCGCUUCUCAACAUGUUCCACUAAAAAACCGUGUCUCAGAUUUUUGACAAGUGCGUUUGUUUUUCUUUUAUUAGCAAAUGAAGUUGGGGAAGGCAAUUAGUCAACACUCUCUGUGUAAAAAAAGCUCUAGCUUUAAAAUGAAAAGGAGUAUUAAAAUUCGCAGACAUGGUUUUGUAGAAGAGAUAUAUGGCAUCACUCUGGCCAAAUUUUAGCCAAAUUGAUUGAAAGGCUGCCGACUUGGAGUUCAAAACGUGCGAGUCGAUCAGCAAAAUUUGCGUUCGGAGAUAAAAUAGAAAAUACAUUUUUGGCGGCAUCCUACCUGGAAUGAGAUUAUAACACCUAAAUGUUUAUUCUGAUUGAUAUCAGAGAGGGAUCAAUUUUCUCUAACAAUAGGACUUUGACAGGUAACAUGUAACAGGAACAAACUUUUUAUUGCUAUCAACAUCUUCAAGUGAACAGUUUAAUUCUCCGUUGGAAAACUUCCACUCUUUUACACCACGAGAAGCACAGUUUAAUUCUUUCUUGAGCGCCAGGCCAAGGAAACUAAAAAACUUUGAAGCCGCCGAAUGCCCACCACCGAUUGCUCGAAGGCCAAGAACUGAGGCCCGGUUUAUUUCAAACGCUCUGCUCUUCUCGGAAGAAUUAAAAACAGAAUUUGUCUUGUGCGACGGCCAGCUUUCAUUCUCGCACUGGAUUCUCCAGGUAGAACCAAGUCCAUGCUUAGUCGCUACAUUUUCCAUGACUUGGACUCUUCCCUGGUAAAAUCGACAAGAUACAGACUUGUCCAGUUUCUCAAGCAGCUUUUCGCUCAACAUGAUAGCUCGACCACUUAUUGUUUUCCACGUUCCAUCAGCAGAUGGGGUCGAUGAGCUUAAUUGGCUUUCUUCAUCUGGUUCUUCAAUCUGGAUUUUGGAGCGGCUUGCACUCUCAGCAACUGCAGCAUUUUCGCUUUUGUGAAUAUCCAACUCCUCGAGCCACUUCUCUUGCUGAUAACAUGAGCCUUUGUCGCUCUCUGCCAAUUUUGCGGCCCAUUCUUUGUCAAACUCGCUCUUCGAUUUCUUUUUCACUCUCGGUUUCGAUGACGAAAACGGACACGACCUUUUCUUUUUUUUUGGCGGCAUUUUCACCGAAGCAAACGCUAAAUAUCCACGGAGAAUACUAAAGGCUAUAAACAACACGAAGACAAUUCGCACGUGUUGUGUCGAAGCACGCACUCAGUAUCACGUUACUAGUUCACAGGCAAGUUAAUUGAUAUAUGACACGGGUAUAACAGAUCUUGUUAACGAUCAAUUAAGAUAAUUAACGAGAAAAAAUCUUUUGCCCCCGAUAUCUUUUCACAGAAAUAAUAUUUUCUUCUGAUUUUUUUUUUAAAAGAAAGCUCUCAAGCAUAUCUAUUUGAAAACGUUGAAACCUCAAAUAUGGAAAAAUGGCAAUUUUAAGGGUGGCUGAUACCUUAAGUGUUAUUUACAAGUGUACACAAUGUAGCUGUUGUCUUCAGACUUGUAAAUUACGCUUGUAAAAGUUUUAUUAAACUGGCCCCAGUACCCUGUGGCUAAACUAUGCGGAUGGUUUGAUUCUUGGUCUUUAAUAUGCUUGCAGGUGUCUGCUCUGUUGGGGCGUAUUCCUUCUGCUGUUGGUUACCAGCCAACUCUGGCCACUGAUAUGGGCACUAUGCAAGAACGAAUUACCACAACUAGGAAAGGAUCUAUUACAUCAGNAGGGUGGCUGAUACCUUAAGUGUUAUUUACAAGUGUACACAAUGUAGCUGUUGUCUUCAGACUUGUAAAUUACGCUUGUAAAAGUUUUAUUAAACUGGCCCCAGUACCCUGUGGCUAAACUAUGCGGAUGGUUUGAUUCUUGGUCUUUAAUAUGCUUGCAGGUGUCUGCUCUGUUGGGGCGUAUUCCUUCUGCUGUUGGUUACCAGCCAACUCUGGCCACUGAUAUGGGCACUAUGCAAGAACGAAUUACCACAACUAGGAAAGGAUCUAUUACAUCAGUACAGGUAAAUUGUCAACACAACACAUGACAACAUUAUCAUUUGCAAACCAUGUUCAUAAUAAUUAUAUUAUAGUAAUAAUACUAUGAUAAUGUACAGUGUAACAAUGAUUUGAUUUGUGACUUGGCUUGAAAGAUAGCAUGUUACAGUACAGUUAAGCUUACAUGUAGUUUAGGAUUACAGUAGGGUUAUUGUUAGGGUUAUUUUUUACUUCAUAAAUCAUGUUUAUUGGGUUAUGUUAACUUUUAAUUUAGCCCAGAUUAAUGCACAAGUUAAAAAUCAUAGUACUUGCAGGGUGCAAGGGAAGUCUUUUUUAUAGCUUGCCAUUCGGGCAAGCUGAAGCUAACAUUUGUGACCGUGAACGGGAAAACGUACCUUAACGCUUAUCCGUUAGACAAGCAAAAGCGUUAAGCAUCUGUUAGUCAUCCGCCGUCGCUUCGAGACUGACUUCGUGACUUCAAAAGGCAGCGCUUUUCGCAUGCUCGGUCAAGAUAGAAAGCGUAAUCUUUCGCAAAUCCACGGCUGGCCCGGGUAAAACAGUUACUUUAGAAAAACUCUUGACAGAGUCAUGGUGUAAAAAUAAGUACAAGCGACAAAUCCAUUUGAGUAAAAAAAUAAAAAAUGUUCACCACGACUGGCGAUUAAAAUUGUUUACACACAGGUUUAGCGACGUAAGGUUUGCUUCUCACACGAUAAUAAAGGACUCGAAUUCUGAGUUUCUCCGUCUCGAUGAGAAAGUGAAAGUUUAUAUCCCUGAGUUUUGCUCUCGAUUAAUGCUCAUCGUGGAAAUAAUUUUUUUAAUGCUUGUCUCAUCGACGACUGAUGAAAUCGGCACUUUGUGACUCGUUUUUUUUAAAAUCGCGAGUGUAAGACUAGUAAUGGUUUUGCACGAUCAUGUGUUUAUAACAUCUGACUGAAAGUAACUGUUAUGCUAUUCGUUUGUUAAAAGUCCUUAGAUGUAAACCGUUAGACAAACGUUAAAAGUCCCUAGAUGUAGAGCGUUAGACAACCGUUAAACGGCUCCAGUCAUCCGUUAGAACAAACGGCAUAACCGUUAGAACGUUUUCUUCAUCCGUUAGACAUACUUAGUUAGCCGUUAGAUGGUUAGGAGAAAGCAUUAGAACAUUUUGAUCAUCUGUUAGGCACAACUAGAUAACCUUUAAAACGUUAGGACAAAAAGUUAAAAUGCUGUGAAGGCGGUUAACAAUCCGCUAGCUAUCUGUCCGUUAGCUAUCCGUCCGUUAGAGAGCAUUUAACGGAUAAGCGUUAAGGUACGUUUUCCCGUGCAUGGUCACAUUUACUAGCCCAAAGAUCAUUUCAACUAGCCCCAAAAACGUUCUUCUGUAAUUUGAAUUCCUCAAAAAAAUUCACUUGCCCAUCGGGCAAGUUAAUAACAGAAUUCGCUAGCCCGAUAGCAAAAUCCACUAGCCCUGGGCUAUCGGGCACUACUUUCUUUGCACACUGACUUGAAACCUGUGUACAAGCAAGUUGUUCACUUCUCUGUGACAGAUUUUUAUUUUGUUUAAUUUAACAUUGUUUUGUUGGUGUGAAUGGGGCUUAAGUUGGGUAGGUAAUAAAAUGUGUCAAAAAUGUUGAGCAUUAAGAGGUGCUUUUUAAUAACAGAAUUAAUGAGCAGAAACUUCUCAAUAUUUACUGUGUUGAGGGGUGCUUCUUGAAAGAAUGUAUGAAAUCAAUUGAACUACAGUAAAUGUACAACUCAAACACUAGGACUAGUUUGGCAAUACAUUACCUCAGCCUUUUUAUUUAUUAUGUGACAAGUAAGCAUUUUGGUUAACAUCAGUUGUUUUCCUUCACUACAUCUGUAGGCCAUCUAUGUGCCAGCUGAUGACUUGACAGACCCUGCACCUGCCACUACCUUUGCUCACUUGGAUGCCACUACUGUGCUGUCUCGUGGCAUUGCUGAGUUAGGAAUUUACCCAGCUGUAGACCCUCUAGACUCUACAUCACGUAUCAUGGACCCUAAUGUUGUUGGACAAGAGCACUAUGAAGUAGCCAGAGGUGUACAGAAGAUCUUACAGGUAACAAACUAUAAGUCAUCUAGUUUUUAAGAAAACAGGCAAACAUGGUGCUCGGUGAUGGUAAUUUCACAGGGAAGUGAUCUUAGUAAUGAUAGCAGUUACAUAAAAGAAGAUGGAGAAUUCAAACACCAGAAAGGUCAGAAAAAUUUUCCGAGCUCCAGGUGAGAAUCAAACUCAUGACCCUCUGUGUUCUAGUUCGGACUCUCUAACCACUGAGCUACUGGAACUCUAGUGGCGAGCAGGGUCAGAAUUUAAAUACACGUACACCAGACUUAAAGGAUUGCAUCGGGGACUUGCUUGAAAUUCGGCCAUUCACCAUUGACAAACCCAAGACUGUAUAUUUAUACAUACGUAUUAAAGAAGAUGGAGAAUUCAAACACCAGAAAGCUCAGAAAAAUUUUUCGAGCUCCAGGUGAGAAUCAAACUCAAGACCCUCUGAGUUCUAAUUUGAGCCCUCUAACCACUGAGCCACUGGAACUCUAGUGAGCAGGAUCUGAAGUUGAAUACAAGUACACCAGACUGAAAGGAUUGCAUCAGGGACUUGCUUGAAAUUCGGCUGUCCACCAGCAGACAAACCCAAGACUGUAUAUAAUAUGUAGAAAGCUGUAGACUGUAAACACUGCUUUCUUAUGACUAUAAUUAUUAAUCUAUAAUACUUAUAACAAUAUGCAGUAACAAAAAUUUUAUUGCAAUGUUGCAGUGUACAUUAGUAAAAUCAAGUGAAUCCAAAAAUUCUACCUAGCGAAAAAAAAUUGGUUGUGUUCUGUACGGAAAUUAACAUGUUCAUUUCAAGUUUCCAUGUGGUUUGAGUGUUGUGUGGAUGUUGUAUGGGUCAGGGAUUUGAGUUCUGUACAAGCCUGGAUUUUUUCCUGGCUCUCUGUAUGCAAUUUAAGUAGUUAUCUCUUAAAUGGGUGUGUAUUUUUUUUACGUUUUAUUUUAUGCGGCAAGUGAUCUCAUAUUUUAAUUUCAGGAUCACAAAUCUCUACAAGACAUCAUUGCCAUCCUGGGUAUGGAUGAAUUGUCUGAAGAUGACAAACUGACAGUUGCACGUGCACGAAAGAUCCAAAGAUUCCUUUCCCAGCCUUUCCAAGUUGCUGAGGUGUUUACAGGUCAUGAUGGCAAACUUGUUCCCUUGAAGGUAAUGUUUACAUUGUGUCAUGUAGUACCUGCUACAGUAUUUGUACUUUGUUACUCGGUUUAUGNGCGGCAAGUGAUCUCAUAUUUUAAUUUCAGGAUCACAAAUCUCUACAAGACAUCAUUGCCAUCCUGGGUAUGGAUGAAUUGUCUGAGGAUGACAAACUGACAGUUGCACGUGCACGAAAGAUCCAAAGAUUCCUUUCCCAGCCUUUCCAAGUUGCUGAGGUGUUUACAGGUCAUGAUGGCAAACUUGUUCCCUUGAAGGUAAUGUUUACAUUGUGUCAUGUAGUACCUGCUACAGUAUUUGUACUCUGUUACUCGGUUUAUGCACCACAGUUAGUAGUACCAAACAGUUGUUACAAUUGUCAUAUAUGUACAUGAGGAUUGGGAGAGCAAGCCACUGGAAUGGCGUUAGAAUCCAAGGAGUGUCAGUCAUCUCCAAGCCUACCUUGUGACUGCUCCUCUGGUACAGGUUUGUCACGUAUCUCAACAUUUUACCUCGAAACUCCAUUGGAUGAUACUUGUAAAGCAAGCAAGACCAUGGUUUCAUGUAAAGAUUCUUUACUUUUUUGUUAACGUUUCUUCUUGUGGUUUGCUUUUAACAGGAAACCAUCUCUGGAUUCAAGAAGAUCCUCAAUGGUAAGUUUUCCUGAUAACUGGUGCAUUUUGUUUCGAAGAUUUGUUAUUUAGGAGUUGUGUUAAGAAAUUGAGCUCAAUUCAUUCAGUAAGAGCUGUCCAUCAGAUUGAGCAAAACAUUUAAAUAAUCGCUUUAAACAAAGGAAGUAAGUAAGGAAGCCAAUACAAAAAAGCACUGACAGCAAUUCUAAAGAGAUUGAAGUGGGUUGCAUUUGAGGUUUUGUGGAACUGUCCGGCCUAAUAGCCUGCGUUGCAGCGGGUCCAUGCACUCGUCUAAACCAUUAAUAUAUUCCAUUUCCAAAUAAGUGCACAAAAGCUUGUUCUAAUAUCCUGCAGAGUCGCAAGGACAUAUGUGAGCGUUUCUGAUAGGUGGGUUUCUGACAGGUUUCUUAUGCACCUCACGAUUGGCCUAAUUCUUACGUGUGCGUGACGGUUGAGCGCAGUGACAUUUCAAAAUUCACAGAAGGGAGUUGGCAAGGAUUGUUUACAGUAAAAAAUGAACAAGCAGUUCUAGCGUCAAAACAAAGUAGAAAAUCAUGAUAUUCCCAGCCAGAAAAAAAAACUAAACGCAUGUAGCUAUUCAGGUCAGGCAUUUAGGAGAAAACCCAAUAGACCAAGGUUAUUUAGCCACAAUAAAAAAGCUUAAGGCUUCAACGGAGGUAAAAGAAACUGCAUCCGUGAUCAAAUCCUGUCAGAAAACAUUUGCCGAAACAUAAACCACAGUAACUAAUUACUCAAUAUUACUCAAUAUGGAACAGACCAGCGUCAUAUCCUCUGAAUGUGAGACUCAAAGCUGAAUGGGUGGGACUUGAUCCUAGCAAGUGUGCUAUGCAUGAUAAUGUACUGUGGAAAUAAUUUGUGUGAUUAUACUUCUACUAGGUGAAUAUGAUCAUCUUCCUGAAGUUGCUUUUUACAUGGUCGGAGAUAUCAGUGAGGCUGUAGCCAAAGCAGAGAGAUUAGCAGAGGAAGUGCAGUAAACACUGAACAGCUACUGUCGACGUUAACCACACUUGUAAAUGUAUUGCGUGUUCAUACACUUGCUGUAUGCUGUUUUUUUACAUCAUUGAAACUUGAAUAAAUUGAACUUUGAGAUCCACUGAGUCCUAAGCUCUUUUGCUUGUNUAAACCACAGUAACUAAUUACUCAAUAUUACUCAAUAUGGAACAGACCAGCGUCAUAUCCUCUGAAUGUGAGACUCAAAGCUGAAUGGGUGGGACUUGAUCCUAGCAAGUGUGCUAUGCAUGAUAAUGUACUGUGGAAAUAAUUUGUGUGAUUAUACUUCUACUAGGUGAAUAUGAUCAUCUUCCUGAAGUUGCUUUUUACAUGGUCGGAGAUAUCAGUGAGGCUGUAGCCAAAGCAGAGAGAUUAGCAGAGGAAGUGCAGUAAACACUGAACAGCUACUGUCGACGUUAACCACA